GCCAAUGAUGUAUGAAAUUUACCUACAAAUGAAAGGAUUGUUGUGCAAUGGAAUAAUGAGGGUCAACCAAUUGGAGAUAGUGGAGCAUUAUUGAAUAGGUUUUUAGGUAGUGUUUCAAGAAACUCCAAUGCUUUUCCUAUUAGUUAUUCUAGUUGGAGGAAGAUUCCUAAAGAUUAUAAAGAAGAUAUACUUAAAAACGCUAUUCAGGUUAAGUUUGAUGUCCAUUCUGAUGUUCAUGUAAACUAUGUUCUCAAAUCACUUAACACAAAGUGGAGAGACCAUCGACAAGAAUUGUGGCAACAAAGGAAUGAUGGUACACGUACUAGAGAUGAAUUGAUCACAAUGGCUCCAAAAGGAAUAGAUAGAGACCAAUGGGCUUCUUUUAUUGACUAUCGUCUAAAUUCAAAAACAAAGGAAAAAGAGUGUGGCCAAAAGGUUAGUAGAGGAGAGGUAUGGAUAGCCACCCACAAGCAUGCUAAUGGAACAUUUGUUAGUGAUGAAGCAAGGGAAAUUGGUGAAAAAAUUCAAUCAUAUGAAUCAAAAUUAUCAACAUCCCAAUCAAAAGAUGUAUCUAGCACCGAUUCCUUAGCUUUUGCUUUCGGAAGUCAAGAACAUUGUGGACGUGUUAGGGGUUUAGGUUUGGGACCUUGUCCAUCUAAAGUGUUUGGCUUCAAUGCACAUUCAUAUAGUGGGGCGUCUUCGAGUUUUCCUUCUUAUACACAGUUACAAAAUCAGAACCCCACUUUUAAGCUGCACAGUAGCAUCCCACAUGGUUACCAAAAACGUGGUGAAAGGCAUGCUUUCUAUUGCUGUUAA